CGAUAAUGCUCCACCCGUACCAUAAGUUGUAUGCCAUAAAAGGCGGUGAAAGCGAAAGUUAAGUUACAGAACAGCAACAGGAGGAGUGAGGAUGGCCUUGUCGGCCGUGGUUUAUUCGGCGAACAUGUUUUAAGUCUCCACAGAGCUCUCAGAUGGAUCUGGGUCCCCCUUCAGUCCCCGUCUGCGUUAUGAUGGUCUGUCUGCUCGGAGCUGCGCGCUUCUGCAGCGGCGUCAAAAGCAACUGUCAAUGCCCAGAAAUCCCCCAGCACAGUCUGACAGAACCUCCAGGGAGGACCUGCUUCAACAUUAGCGACACUUUUCGCUACACAUGUGUAACAGGUUACCUGAGGAAGGUGGGAACCUCAAAUCUCAUCAAAUGCAAACAAACUGACCGUGGUAUUGUAGAGUGGACAACGGCCAAACUGCAGUGCAUACCUGACCCAAAGAUAACCACAACAAAGCCACCAAUUACCACAGUAACAAUGGGUAACAAUGGUAUUCCCCAUGACUCCACCAUUACCACCACAGUCACCGUCAGCACCACCGGCCUACAGAUGACCCCGAUUAUAAGCACCUCAGCUUCAGUGACUGCAGAAACACGCAGUGCAGCACCAACCUCAACGUCAGAUCACUCAGAGGGAGGAACUGUGAAUGAGACCAAAGCAAGGGACGGAACAACACCAACCUCAACCACCACUAAGCCUUCAAACAGCACAAUUAACCCUUAUAAGUCCAACCAAGCAGUACCUAGCAACCUGGCUGCGUUGAUCGCCUGUGUUUCACUCGUGAUCAUCUGUGCUUUGAUUGGAAUCUUUUAUUAUAAAUGGAGGUCCAGAAAUAACAUCCCACAGUACUCAGUGGAAGAACAGACACCCAUGAAUAAUUUUCCAUUAGCACCGGCAUCAUAGAAGCUUGUAGAGAGCAGCAGCUGUACUGGAGGGCAUUGGGAUCAUCAAUGAAGAACAGGUUGUUGCCUCCACACAACCCCUUUUGACGUUCUGUGGACAUCGUGCUGGAGAACACAAUGUCUGGCUUCACGUGAAAUUUGCACUUUUUUUCUGAGCUUAAGACUUUUUGUAAAAGAAAUGUUUGAACUGCACUUCAGGAACUUUAAUAUUGAAGACAAUGUGACACAGCCUACUUCAACCCCUCAGGAUAUGUCCUUCCAACAAGAAUUGCCUGUUCAGACAAAGUUCGAUAUAGCUUAUCCUUUGCUCCUAUAGAGCGCCAUUAUUGUCUGAUUAAAAACACCAAUGGGCCACACCUUUAACCAGGGUAAACAUGUUCUCUCCUCACAAUGAAUAGGCACUGCAGUUCAUUUCAGUCAGUUCCAAUAGUUUUCUGUUGCUGUAAAUACUCACCCCUAGUAAAAUAUUGUAAUUUUUGCUCAAAAGAGCUUUUUCAGGGAAUUAUUCUGCCUUUUUAGAGAUAAUACAGUAUUGGUAGCCUUAUUUGUUAAUGGUACAGUGUUGAUUGUUCAAUUAACAGCAGACUGUGAGGAUUAAAAGGCAAUAGCCUGCACUAUAAUUGUAUCUAUGUAAGUUAAUUAACUGGAGAAUUAGAGAGUUAAAGGGUUAAAUUUCAUGUUACACAAUAAUCAUGAAAAUAUAUUUAAUGCUUUUUAAAAUGGCACUUAAACAUACUGAACGAUUAGAUUCAUACAAAAAAAAUGUAUUUGAAAAAAUUAUCAGCAAGGUCUCUUUUCAAAUAUUAUUAUAAUAAUAAAAAUAAUUCGGGCUGCAUGAUAUGGUAAGAACAUCAUGGGGCAUUUCUGCAGAAUUACAGUACCCACACAUUUUAUCUUGAGAAUAUAAACAGCCCCCAGGUUGGUAACUUCCCCACAGUCCAAGAAUAAAUAUCAAGACAAUGACCUCAACCCUGGUUGCACAGUCGUGUGGGUUUUUAGUAAGAACCACCACCGUCUGUGGUUUGAGUAAUGUCUGAUGUCAGUAUCCAAACUAAGUAGUUUGUUCCUGCAUUACUCAGAUUCCGGCCAUGAAGAAAAUAAUGGGCAUUAAUGCAGAAGGAAGUUCACCACCACACUGAGCCUUCAUCUGCCAUCCCAUCUCCCCAUAAGUGUCACUUUUAAAAAAAUAAGAUCUCUUCCUCUUCCCGUAAUGUAAAAUGCAUGCCCCGAUAGCAACUAGCUGUACACAGUAUAUAUAUAUCCUAUUUGUCAACUGCAAAGCUUUUCCAUGUUGUGCAGCAAUAGCAUCCAUUAGUAAUCAGUGUAUGAUUGUAUUAUUGAAAUGUGUAUCUUUUUCUGAGAGCCCUGAUAUUUAUGAACAACUGGAUGUUUAAUAGUAUUAUUUAAAAAAUGCCACUGCUUUUCAAUAAUGUUGUUUUGUAUGUCUACUUUGUUUUAUAAUGACCAGUAGGGGAAAAAAAAACCUCAAAAGAAUGCUGAAUUUUCCAAUGAAAGCGAACAGUAAAGAUGUGAAUCACCUUA